UGGCGUCCAGGCGGGGUGCGGGGAGCGGCGCCGCGCGGAGCAGCCGCGCUGAACCUGCUCCCGCGGGAGCUCUGGCUCCUGAAACCCACAGAGCUCUUUCCCAAGAAGGGCUUUGCCUCUCUUUGCGUCAGCCCCCGAACACAGCGCUUUGGAAGUGGUGACCCACUGCUCAUUUGGAAAUGUCCUUUGGCAAACAGUGUCGUGAGGCGGAUUUGGCUUUGGGGAAAUGAAGUGUAGGCUGGUAUUUGGGAAAGGGUUACUUUGCUAUUACUGCAGAUAUCUGUGCCCCUGUGUGAGCGCAUCCGUGGUCGGGGGUGGCGGGCAGAGAGACGGACGAACUACUCACAUAUUAAUUUGCAUGGGGGAUUAACUACCUAUGCCAAGUAGUUGGUCCAUUAGUCCAUGGAAAGGAAGCUGCUGCUGCUGCUAAGUCACUUCAGCCGUGUCCGACUCUGUGUGACCCCAUUGACCGGAAGCUACACAUCCAAAUUUAGGCUUUACUAGUAUUUGGGAAUUUUCCUUAAGGCAGUUGAAGCCUUGUGACUCACAUCAAAGUCAAAACACCACCCUACAAUGAAUUGAUAGGGCUUUGUAGCACAGAGUCACCCUUCACCUCUAUCUCCAGACCAGCAAAAGAUAUUACAGGAUUCAGAAUCUUUUUUUAAAUUAGUGCAAUACUUUCCAUGUUUGUUUCAGCUUAAUUUCAUCUUCAUAAAUAUAGUUUGUCCAAGUGUAAAGCACAAACUUGUUUCCCACUUCUAUUUCCCUCUCUCUCCAACUUCCUUCUGAUUUUAUCUUAUUUAUUCCUGGAAAAGCACUUCCUAGAAUAAGAUCAGCUGUUUCCUUUCUUUACUGAAACUGACGCUACUUGCACAUGAUUUGUGUUUGUCAAGAUGGCCUUGGCUCUAGCGACUCAGUCUCUAGCUCUUUCAUGGGGUCAUGGAUACAAGUGGCAUAAAAUAUUUCUCAAGUUUUCUUUCUUUGAGUAAGUGAGUAUGUUCUUCACACUGGGGUUGUCUUAUUGAGUGCCCUAACUGGAAGGGUCCUGGAAAAAUAUUCCAUUCAUUAGCGUAAGACAAGGUAACUGGCUGAUAAAGUCAGUCUGUAUAAAGUAGACAACUCUUGACCCACUGCUUGGGGGUACAUUUAAUAUAGAAGACCCUUGAAGUACAGGGCUCGGGUGGUCUUGUGGAAGGUGCUUUCCCACUUGAUUUCAUGGAUACUCUUUCAGAGUCAAAGUUCUGUCACUGUUUAGUGUUUUGUAACUGGUGAUUUUUAUCAGCUGCAUAUUUUUAAUGGGGCCGAAACUUUUUGUGGAAGUGGGUGGCACCAUGAAGGAAGGGAAGCAGGAGGCCGCCUGCCCACCUGGGGGACAAGGUGCUACGUGACCUGCUGUGCCAGAGCCCCCCAAGUCAUCCGAGACCCAGUAACCAGACCACCAGAUUUCAGGGCAGCCCCAGUGUGUGCCUGUUUGAGGUCUCAAGACUCACAUUUUGACAGAAUUAACUUAAAAUCUCCCAAACUCACUGUGUUCCUGAACCGCCUUCACCUUUAGUUGAAACUGUUGAACUUGGGUCUUCUGUAGAUGGAGCCUUAGAAUAAAGCCAGGAAUGGAAAGUUGCUGCAGUCUAAAACAGGAAAUGGAAAGUUAGUUAUUGAAGGAGAAAAUUUACCCACUUGGAAAUGCUCAGAGCAGCUGUGAUGAAAUGUGGGAUGUCAAUAAAUCAAAACAAUCCGUGUGGUUCUUCCUUCACUUACUUACCAUUGUGUGUGUGUGUGUGUGUGUGUGUGUGUGUGUGUGUGGCCCGGGGAAGUGAGUCCAUAAGACUAUAACAGGAAAAGCCACACCCAGUUACUUUUGUUGUAUGGCUUUUGAGUUUUCAAGAUACUCUUGGGUGCAUGGUAAAUGCAUUUCCCCUUCUGACAUAUCUUUAUAAAAUUACAUAUUCAGGAGUUUCUGAAUGCCAGCUCCUCUGACUCAUGAACCAACUCAUUGUUCUACAGUGUAUCAGUGGCACAAAGUUGUUCCUCAUGAUUUUAUCCUAGUGUGAUUUUGGGAAAAGAACAGGGCGGGUCAGGAACACCUGCAGCCCUUUUAUAAUUUGAUGUUUGGGUAUGUCUGCAGAGCUGCUGAAUACACACAUCCCACCCACCUCAGGCAAGGGGCCUCUCCUGGCCAUGUCUCCUGCAGCUGCUGCCGAGCCAGACGAGGUCCAGGGAGACAGGCAUGUCAGCAAGCUCAUUUUCUUCCUUUUUGUCAUCGGUGCCAUCCUGCUGUGCGUGGGAGUCUUGCUCUCCAUCUUUGGGUUCCAGGCGUGCCAAUACGAAACCUUCCCAGACUGCAGCAUGGUGCUGAAGAUCGCCGGACCCGCGUGUGCCGUGGUUGGACUCGGGGCUGUGAUCCUGGCCCGCUCCCGGGCACGACUUCAGCAAACUGAGGAGCGCCUGCGAGGCAACAACCAGAGGGACUCCGACAGACCCUUCCUCUGUGGGGAGAGCCGCCAGUUUGUCCAGUGUCUCAUCUUUGGGUUUCUGUUCCUGACGAGCGGUAUGCUCAUCAGCGUACUGGGCAUUUGGGUACCUGGGUGCAGCUCAAACUGGAUGCAGGAACCGCUGAAUGAGACAGACGCAGCUGACUCAGAGCCCCAGAUCUGUGGAUUCCUGUCCCUUCAGAUCUUGGGUCCCUUGAUUGUGCUUGUGGGAUUGUGUUUCUUCGUGGUCGCCCACGUUAAGAAGAGAAAUGAUUUGAGUGGGGCCCAGGAUGCUUCUGAAAGUGAAGAGAGACAAACCCAGAGCCUGGAGCCCAUCCAGGUGACUGUAGGUGAUGCAGUGAUCAUAUUCCCACCCCCUCCGCCACCUUACUUUCCUGAGUCUUCAGCCUCUGCAGCUGCCCGGAGUCCUGGGACUGACGGUUUGCUUCCAGAUGAAAGUCCACCUUCAUAUUACAGUAUCUUUCACUCUGGGUCCCAAACUCCUGAGGGCCAAGGCGCGGCCUCUGAGAGAGAUUGUGAAUCGAUAUAUACUAUUUCUGGGACUGCUUCAUCCUCUGAGCCCUCCCACACUCUCCAUCUCUUAUCUGAACUGCCUCCCAGAUACGAAGAAAAAGAAACUGCUGCAACCACAUCCUUGUCUCCAUCUUCUGAGCCUUCCCCACCAUGAAUCAUGGACUCGAGUUUAAUUUUAUAUAGAAUCAAUCACUUUUUUAUUUAAUUUGUUUUCUAAUAAAAAAAUACAGUAGCAUCA